AUGAUGUUUCAGUCUAUUGCUGCAAGACCACCAGCAUAUGGAGGAGAUGGUAACAAUCUCCAGAGUCAUUUAUGUUUGCAGCAAAACAAAACACAUAAAGAAUUUAUAAUUUUUACUGAUUUAUUAAAACACAAAGAGAAAAUACUAAUCUUGAGUGUGAGACAUCUCAACAGAUGUCAGCCUAUGCCCCAUGGACCAGUAACUGAUACUCAAAAUGUGGUCAAACAUUCAUCAUUUGUAACAAACGUUAUACUCAAAAUUAUUAACUCAAGAAUAUUUAAUAAACAGACUAUUUACAGAAUUGUGUCCAGAAUUAAGAAAAUCAACCAAGGAUGGUGA